GGGAAAGCAUACGCACGUCUUAGGCGUUUCACGUAUUUGUGUACAAUCGGAAAUUGGAAAUUUACACAUCGGCUUGCUUUCCCCCCAGCAAGGAACUAUUCUGGCUUCCACGAGUAGCUCGUGUGAGCCCGAGAAAUCGGCUUGGGAUGGAGGACUGUUGUCGAAAAUGCAUGCCGUGUUUGAGUAGACUAUGGAACUGGAUAUGGCCAGAAUUCCACUACCCAGCGAUCACACGACCCGCAGAAAUCCGCACCGUUUCAGGUGAUAUCCAUAUCCCAGCUCCGAAGAGGAAGCCGGCGCAGCUGUAUGCGGCUCUGUUCGAUUUCGAAGCCAGGAGCGAGGAGGAACUGAGUGUGAGAGAGGGUGACAAAUUGUCGGUCAUUGAAAAGCGGGGAGAUUAUGUACUUGCCAAAAAACUCACUGGUUCUCUUGAGUCCGGUCUGGUCCCGGCUAAUUACGUGACAGUGCUACGAGAUGAAUUUGCGAAUCACAAGUGGUAUUAUGGGAACAUCAACAGGCAGAAGGCUGAGAAGCUGCUGCUGGCAUCUCAGAACACCAGCGGCUCCUUCCUGGUGCGCAUAAGUGAGAGUCACAGUGAUGAGUACACUAUCUCAGUCAGGAAUGAAGGCAGGGUCUUCCAUUUCCGAAUCCAACGCUCAUCCAUUGGGGCCUGGUAUGUGUCUGAGAAAAUAUCAUUCGCUACCCUGGAAGAGCUGGUCAACUACUAUCAGAGAAACUUCAAGAGCCUGGGAGUGCCCCUUGGCCAGCCAUGUGCACAGCCGAGAGAGCUGUUUGACAUGGAGCCGUGGGAGCGGCCACGGGAGGAGUUCAGCUUGCAAAAAAAGCUGGGAGAAGGGCACUUUGGAGAGGUGUGGGAGGCCCUCUGGACCACCAAUAAUCAAAAGGUGGCUAUAAAGAUGCUGAAGCAAGAGGACACCAAGCAAGAUGAGUUUGUGAAAGAGGUCCAGGCUCUGAAAAGCCUCCACCACCCCAAGUUAAUUCAGUUGCUGGCCCUGUGUUCCAAGGGCGAACCCGUCUACAUCGUCACCGAGCUCAUGUCCAGGGGCAGCCUGAAGGCCUACCUGGGCUCUCCUGAAGGACAAGUGCUGACCUCAGCCCACCUAAUCUACAUGGCCAGCCAGGUGGCCGAGGGCAUGGCAUACCUGGAGGACAGAAACAUUGUACACAGGGACCUCGCUGCCCGUAACAUCCUUGUUGGUGAUGACCUUGUGUGUAAAGUGGCUGACUUCGGGCUUGCUCGAAUCAUAAGGGAUAAUGUAUACACAGCCAGCAAGGCCACUAAGAUCCCCGUGAGAUGGACGGCACCUGAGGCAGCCCUACAUCAGCGUUUCUCUGUAAAGUCUGACGUCUGGUCCUUUGGGGUGCUGCUUUACGAGAUGAUGUCACGGGGGAAGAUGCCCUAUGAUGGUAAGAGUAACAAAGAGGUGCUGGAGAUCCUGACGUCUGGGUUCCGGCUACCCUGUCCGGGAAGGUGCCCUCCAAAUAUCUACAACAUCAUGAUGGAGUGCUGGCAUGCAGAGAGCGCAAAGCGUCCCUCUUUCCACGCCCUCCACGCACAGCUGGACAGCAUCUAUGCCAAGAUCUACUUCAAGACCAUCGAGGUGUAGGGGGGGGGGGGUGAAGAAACCCCUGACUGCACUGAAGCACUGCGCAGCUGAUAAGGACUGCUACUUAGUUUUUUUUUUUCUUGCUGCCAUUUUGGCUUGCAACUAUAUUGUCCGAAUGUCACAUUUUUGUUUUGUUUUUAUUGAGGGUAUGUGCAAUAAUGAUCUUCAGAUGUUGACCAUGAGCUCAGUGAUCAAGUGUGAAAAGGGGGAGCAGAGCUGAUCCAUUGUUACAUGUCACUAAGGUUCAGCCCACCCUGUCUCACAUGGUGGCGUUGCAGUUCACAGAGUGCCUAUGUUUACAGAUUCUUUUCUUGCCCACCCUGUCUCACAGUGUACUGUAUAGAUCCGUGGCAGACCGAGAGUGACGGAAAAUGAUUAUCAUGAGGGAGGUGCUGGGUAUGCAGGACAUCCAAAAAUGCUGUGCUGCCAAAUGGCAGCUCUUCUAGACUACAAAUAAACAGACUAUGCACAGAAACAUCCAGAAUGUAUAGUAUGAGACAUGAGAUUUAUGACAUGAAAGAGGUGGCCUGUACUAUCAGAUCCUGUUCAUAUUAUUGUGUCUUUGCUCUACUUUUGUAAAAGUAUACAAUUACAAAAGAUGUGCCCCCAAAACAGUACAUGAAGACAAGCCCACAAUAUAAUCCCUUAUAUAUGUGAUUGGUGGGCUACUCAGUAAUGUGCCAUUGGAAUUAUGAGAAUAAAGUUUUAUUUUAAAUUAAGAUACUUGUGCUGUAAUUAACCAGAAUUCCAUUAAAUUCCAGUUACAACUGGAGA